GCAUUUUAUUAUAAUGGAUUUGGUGUUUUAUGUUUCUUACAUCAGUACUCUAAUGUUACCGUAAUAUAUAUACAUAUAUGGUUUUUGGUUACUUUUUGUUGAAUACACAAGGCACUUCACCAUAGCUUUUGGCCCUAUGUGACUACCUCCUCUCUUCCUAUCGCCGCACGACAUUUAAAACCAAGGCUUUUUAAUUUAAAUAUUAUAUAUUUAAACUACCCUGAAAGGGAUCGGAUUCACGCCGGUUAACCGGAAAUCGACGGUGAAGCUAGGUUACAAGGAAAAUUAACAAAGCCAUUUGAAAUAGAUUACAAAGCAGAAAAGAAUUCAGGCAUGGGAAGAAGACAGUGGAAGCCGAAGACCUCCUACUUCGACUUGACAUCGGCAAGGGCAGAUCUGGUUGUUCAUGACAUCACCACACCAGGGUGUCCAAUUCCAUCACAAGCUUCUUUGACGGUGUACCGUUAGAGCCCCCACCUCGGAGGUGUCCCGCGGCCAACAAACGUCGGUUUCCACGGAAGAUCUGAUUCCCGAAUCUGUAACUACUACGUCGACUUCAUGGCUCUGUCGUUUCACAAGUCUGAGCCACCAUGUACUCCCCUCCUUCAACUGGUCAAGGUGAUCCUGCGCCGGACAAGAGAUAACCCGAGAAGAACCGCCAUCUCCCAGUUAGCUUUGCCAUCAACGGACUCAACCCUUACUCUACAAACCCUAGCAGAUCCUGGUGACUAACCAGCAGAUCUUGUCUUGGCUCCAUCGUCCACAAAUAGAGAACCAGCCUAUGACCCGACGAGGCAGCAGAAACCGCCGAGCUCUCCUAGAGGUUCGCCGCUACAUGGACCCAAAAUCGAGGAGCAGACGGAAGGAAGCACCUCCAAACACCAAACGAAGGUAGAUCCGUCGUUGAGCACAGAGAUACGACUCCCUCCUCGCCGCAUUUCGAAAGAAGCUCAAGAUCGAACCAUUCGGCAAAGAUCCCAGACGGCUCAGAACUGCACGCAUGUCGGAGAGGGAAGAAUACAUGAGGGAAAUGAGCAAAACAAACAUAAAAAGUGAAGGUUGACGGCGAUGAAGAACAGCCGCCGACCGCCGUACACAUCAAAUUAGGAUUUUCUUUUGUUGAGAGAGAUGAGAGAGACGGGAAAGUAAGGGAAAGGUUCCCACCAAUAUGUAACUCAAACCAAGGCUUUAUAUCGGUUUAUCCCGAAUUUCUUUCAUUAAUGUUGUUUCAGUCUGAAAAAGAAAAAGAUUAUACUUGAACUUCGAUAAGAUACUAGUGAACAUCUUUUUAGUGGAAAUGUAACAAUAAUAAAUAUAAAAAGAAGUAGAAAGUAGGAAAGUGGGAGGCUGGGUUUGGUUCAUUGAACACUCCUUACCAUAAGCAAUAUCUCAGCUUCGGGUUUAGGUUCGGUAGUAGUCGACUUUUGUGCGGAUAAGAACGCCUCUUCGUUCUUGUUUCUACACGCGCAUGUCUUUCUCCUUUGCUCUGUUUCUACAACUCUCUCUCUCUCUCUCUCAUUCUGUUUCUCUCACUAAAACUGGCGAUCGAAGAGAAUCAACAAGCUAGUGUAAGAGAAAUCAUGGGAUCUGAGGAAGAAAACAGCAAGAGUUGGCCUCCAUGGCUUAAACCUCUGCUUCAAGAGAAGUUCUUUGUACAAUGCAAAUUACACGCAGAUUCACACAAGAGUGAGUGUAAUAUGUACUGUUUAGAUUGUACCAAUGGUCCUCUCUGUUCUUUCUGCCUCUCUUUCCACAAGGAUCAUCACGCCAUUCAGAUAAGGAGAUCAUCAUAUCACGAUGUGAUAAGAGUAUCGGAGAUUCAGAAAUUUCUGGACAUAACAGGAGUUCAGACAUAUGUGAUUAACAGUGCUAAGGUUGUCUUCUUGAACGAGAGACCUCAGCCUCGACCAGGCAAAGGUGUUGUCAACACCUGCCAAGUCUGUUAUCGCAGCCUCGUCGAUUCCUUCAGAUUCUGCUCUCUUGGUUGCAAGAUCUCUGGAACCUCGAAGAAUUUCGACAAAAAAAGAAAGGAUUCGACAAACAAUCUUUCAGAUUCUGAUGAUUCGUAUAGCAGUACUACCACCAGUAACGGCAGGCUCAAGAAGAAUAGUGACAUGAUUAAUAACAAUAGUUUCACGCCAUCAACACCGCCUCUAUCGGCCGUAAAUGGCCGAAUUGUAAAACGAAGGAAGGGAAUUCCGCAUCGUGCUCCUUUUGGAGGACUAAUCAUAGAAUACUAAUAAGAUGGUAAUGUAUAGUCUAAAUGCUAAUAACAAUCACCAGUGGUUUGUGGGGUAUGUGUGUGUGUGUGUAUACGUAGUGUGGUGUAGAGGAAUGUAUAAAGAAAAGCUUAACAUGAUAUUGUGAAAUAGUAGAUAUGAAAGGGUAAAAAAGUGGGAAAGAUAACAGGAUGAAGCAUGAAUAUGUACGGGAAAUACGUUUGCCUGUACAUUUUGGGUUGAAAGGUUAAUAUGUAAAUAAUACUGUGUGUGGAUCAAAAUAAUAGGUAAUAAAAGUAUGUGAUACAAUGCAAAUGUGAAUGAAAUAAAGGCAUUUUUAACA